CGGUUGCGCGUGGCGCACGGGGUGGGAGCGGAUCCCAGGCCGGGAGCAGGCGCUGCCGCCAGCGAGGGCCGGGGCCCGGAGCCGGGCCGGGGUUGACUUGGUGCCAGACCCGGAGCGCGCGGGCCCUGACCUCCGCCCUCCGACCUUUCCCCUUGCGGGCGACGAUGGGGAACGUGUUGGCCGCCAGCUCGCCGCCCGCGGGGCCGCCGCCGCCGCCCGCGCCCGCCCUCGUGGGACUCCCGCCGCCUCCGCCCUCUCCCCCGGGCUUCACGCUGCCGCCGCUCGGGGGCGGCCUGGGCGCCGGCGCGGGUCGGGGCGCGGAACGGACCCCCGGGGUGGCGGCCGCCAGCGCCGCAGGGACCGCGAACGACGGGGCCUGCGGCUGCCUGCCCAACCCGGGCACGUUCGAGGAGUGCCACCGGAAGUGCAAGGAACUGUUUCCCAUUCAGAUGGAAGGUGUCAAGCUCACAGUCAACAAGGGGUUGAGUAACCACUUCCAGGUGAACCACACAGUAGCCCUCAGCACAAUUGGAGAGUCCAAUUACCACUUCGGGGUGACGUAUGUGGGGACAAAGCAGCUCAGUCCCACAGAGGCGUUCCCCGUGCUGGUGGGUGACAUGGACAAUAGUGGCAGCCUCAAUGCUCAGGUGAUUCACCAGCUGGGCCCAGGCCUCAGGUCCAAGAUGGCCAUCCAGACCCAGCAGUCAAAGUUUGUGAACUGGCAAGUGGACGGGGAGUAUCGAGGUUCUGACUUCACAGCAGCCGUCACCCUGGGGAACCCGGAUGUCCUGGUGGGUUCAGGAAUCCUCGUGGCCCACUACCUCCAGAGCAUCACGCCGUGUCUGGCCCUGGGCGGAGAGCUAGUGUACCAUCGGCGGCCGGGCGAGGAGGGCACUGUCAUGUCUCUAGCCGGGAAAUACACAUUGAACAACUGGUUGGCAACAGUAACGUUGGGCCAGGCGGGCAUGCACGCGACAUACUAUCACAAAGCCAGCGACCAGCUGCAGGUGGGCGUGGAGUUUGAGGCCAGCACAAGGAUGCAGGACACAAGUGUCUCCUUCGGUUACCAGCUGGACCUGCCCAAGGCCAACCUCCUCUUCAAAGGCUCCGUGGACAGUAACUGGAUCGUGGGUGCCACCCUGGAGAAGAAGCUCCCGCCCCUGCCCCUGACGCUGGCCCUCGGGGCCUUCCUGAAUCACCGAAAGAACAAGUUCCAGUGUGGCUUUGGCCUCACCAUCGGCUGAGCCCCUCCAGCCCCGCCUUCCUCACCCUUCUUCCUGCAGACCCCACCUCCCCCUCCCCUGCCACGGAGGGGACACCUGCGCCCCCCUUCCCCUCCCUUCCCUCCCUCCUUGGGGGUCAGGGGGGCAGCGGAAAGGAGGGAACCUGUCACCCCAGCAGCUGAGGCCCCGUGGGGCACUUCAGAAUUCAGAGCAGCAGGGGCUGCAAGCCCAGUGGACCUGGGGUCCCGGAAGGAAUUCCGGAAUUGAGGGGCACGGGGGAUGCUGAGCACCAGGGGCAGAGGUGGCCAGACAACCUCAGGGAGGUGUUGGGGCGUCCCAUCCCCCAAAGGGCCCUGAGCCCCGCCCCAAGGGGGCAGCAAGAAGAGGAGCUUCCCCAUCCUCAGUCAGUCCACCCCGCCCACUUUCCCACCCACCCCUCGAUAUAAAUCAUGUUUAUAAGUUAUGGAAGAACCGGGACAUUUUACA